UGUCAAAUAAAAAGUCGCGACAUGUGCUCAAAGUACGCGUCUCCCAAAUUGAACAUCUACACCUGCGAAAAUGGAAUCCAACGAGCCAACAAUAAUUGAUCUCAAAUCUUCAUUUUUACGUGCACAAAUUUUUGCCCUCUCUCAGCCUCUUCAACCAUCGCAAGACUGGCAAGAUUCAAUUUCAGAGGAAGAGAAUACCUUGCGACAGCGCGCAAUUGAUGAAGCAUUAUUCAAGCUCAAUACUAUCCUCAAACAACAUAAUAAGAUUAGUUAUCCUCCGCAGGCACAGCGUCAUGUUGCUGAACAAAUUGAUCAAUUAUAUUGGGCCGCUGGGGAGAGAGAUGUGAAUGUGAACGCAGAGGAAUGGAGUGAAAAGGGUGCAGAUUACAGUAAGCUCCUUACAAUCAUGUCAAUCAGUGGGUAGUAACAUCACGCUAAUCGAUAUCCCAAUUGUCAGGAUUGACAUCCAACAUUGAAAAAUUGCCAGAAGAAUGGAGUGAAGAAGCGGAAACGAAGGCACCGAAGCAAGCGACAAAAUACAGAGAGCUACAAAGUAAAUUGUUGGAAUUGAAUGAGAAGCGAAGAAUGGCAAAGGAGAAACUUGAACAGUGUAAUGCUGCAAAGAAAUUGCUGGAGCCUUUUGAGCAGGCGGAUAAGAAUGUUCAAGAAAAUCUUGUUACCAAAAAUGGCGAAGUUGAGAAAGAAUUGGAAAGAAUGAGGAUGUUGAUGUUAAGAGUCGAAAGGGGCAUCGGGGGCUUGGAGAGGGCAGACAAAGAGGAUCAUAUGGACCUUGAUUUUGAGGAGGAUGAUAGAGAAAAGCUAAGGUUUAUAGGAAUUAUAUAAUGGCCUACUUCCGGAGGACUGACUUAAAGGGGUAGAUUACCUUUGUUAAGCAAGGUUGUUGUUUGGCAUCC